GAGACGGCCGGGAAUGGGGGGGGGAGAAUGCAGCAGAAAAAAACGGGAGGCGCUCAAAUAGCCCCGGACGAGGAGGACCAGCAGACGAACCUCACCCCUCCCUCCGCAUCCCCAGACCGCCAGCGUCGUGAGUGUCCGCCAUGACUAAAUCCCAAGCCAAAGGCCGACCCAGGACCCCGACGGGCCCGUCGUUCCUGGAUAUGUAUGAUCCUAAAGAGAACCACGAUAUCUGGUUCAAAUGGACGGGCUCGGUUAUCCCAAAGACUCUUCCUCUCGUCGCCGGAUUUACGGUCUGGGGCGCCAUCUGGGCCUGCGUCUUCCAUCUCACGCCGCUUCAGGGCGUCGGCACCUCCAUGAUUCCCGUGGUCUCCAUCGUCGUCGGCUUGCUGCUGGUCUUCCGAACGAAUGCUGCAUAUGACCGAUUCUAUGAGGGACGACGCCUCUGGUCUCAGGUUAUCACGGGCACCCGCAGUCUAGCGGCGAGAGUCUGGAGUCUCUGCCCCGAGGUCACCGAUGACGACCGCAAGCGAAAGCGCAUCGCCAUGCGCCUCAUGAAGGCAUUCCCAAUUGCCCUCAAGAACCAUCUCCGCGGCCAUCAUGGGCUGUGGAACGGCAUGGAUCUCGAAGUCGUCCGGACCGACCUCAAAUUCCUGCAUCCCGUUGUCCAGGUCUUUGAGCCUGCGAUCGAGCUGAAUUCUCGGCCCCAAGACGAUCUGCGGAAGCUACUACCGCCGCUGCCCGAGUUCCGGCACAUGUAUCAGGAAGACAUGAUUGCCUAUGUCAAUGCUGAGCAAGUGAAACUCAACAACAUCCAGAGCGACACUGGCAGCGAGCACACCGUUCCCUUGCGCAACCGCCAGUCAAUCAGCUCGUUCAUCUCCUAUGCCACUACUGCCCGGAAUCAAUACCCCAGGGUCCGCCGGCCCUCGGUUGUUUCCGCGGCCUCGAGCACCGAGCAUUUCCAUGACUACGCCUGUGGGUGCAUCAACUUGCCCCUGGAGAUAUGUCACAUGCUCAUUAGUUUUAUCAACGAGAGCCGCCGACUCGAACAGGUUCAUUUUAUCAACGGUUCCUCCAUGCUAAACCACGUCCUAACACUCAUCGAUGCUAUGACCGGACUGGAACGCAUCUUGACCACCCCGAUCCCGAUCGCCUAUACUCUCCAUCUGAGACACACAGUCUUCCUGUUCAUCGCCGCUCUCCCUUUCCAAACAGACCAAUACCUUGGUUGGGGAAUGAUCCCGUUCAUGACACUGGUCUCCUUCACUCUCCUGGGUAUUGAAAAAAUCGGCAGUGAAAUUGAGAACCCGUUCGGGCUUGAGAUCAACGAUCUUCCGCUCGAGCACUACUGCGAUAUUAUCCUUGAUGAAAUCAACUCCCUCAUGAUGCGUAGCUCCUCCAAAGCCAAGGACUGGCAUUACUAUACCUCCCAAGUCGAAACCAUCACCCCCGAUCUGAGCGAUGCUUACAGCUAUACCACCGUGCAGCUCGAAAACAACUAGUGCCAAGCAAGAAUGGGACAGUCCCCGCUAUCCUUACAGCGAUCAAGGCCCGAAGCUUGAUGGUCUGUAGGCCGUAUGAUCGCAACCGCGUACACUUUAUUCAGAAAAAAACGGGACAAUAUAGCCGUUUCCAUGAACAUGUAGUAUGUGAUGUGCUUGCGUCAAGCAAAGCCACAAGAAAUAAAACAGAUCACUUUGGCAGCCUCCG